CCACCACUGACUUUCAUCUUCUCCGAUUGAUCCUCAUUCAAUCUUUCAGAUCAAACAAUUCCUCACCGUAAAAUGGGCAGCUUAGAAGGUGAAAGAAGUACAAUCGGUUGGGCCGCCAGAGACUCCACCGGAGUUCUCUCUCCUUACACUUACUCUCUCAGGAACACCGGCCCCGAUGAUGUUUACAUCAAGGUGCUCUGUUGUGGAAUCUGUCAUACUGAUCUUCAUCAAGCAAAAAAUGAUCUUGGCAUGUCUAGCUAUCCUAUGGUUCCUGGGCAUGAAGUUGUUGGUAAAGUGAUAGAAGUUGGAUCAAAUGUAACCAAAUUCAAAGUAGAUGACACAGUCGGAGUUGGAUGCAUAGUUGGAUCAUGUAGAAACUGCCAUCCCUGCAAAACGGAAAAGGAACAGUACUGCAACAAGAGGAUCUGGUCAUACAACGAUGUCUACUCCGAUGGAAAACCCACUCAGGGAGGAUUCGCUUCCGAGAUGGUCACCGAUCAAAAAUUCGUAGUGAAGAUACCGGAAGGGAUGGAGAUUGAGCAAGCUGCGCCUCUACUAUGCGCUGCGGUGACAGUUUACAGUCCGUUGAAGCAUUUUGGAUUGAGCGGGAGUGGUUUGAAAGGAGGAAUUUUGGGUUUGGGAGGAGUUGGACAUAUGGGAGUUAAAAUCGCCAAGGCAAUGGGUCAUCAUGUGACUGUUAUUAGCUCGUCCGACAGGAAAAAGGAGGAGGCUAUGGAACAUCUAGGUGCUGAUGAGUAUUUGGUUAGCUCCGAUGUAACUCGUAUGCAGGAAGCGGUUGAUUCACUCGAUUAUAUCAUUGAUACUAUCCCGGUUUUCCAUCCUCUUGAGCCAUAUUUAUCGCUGUUGAAACUCGAUGGAAAGCUGAUUCUAAUGGGGGUUAUUAAUACCCCACUUCAAUUUAUCAGUCCUAUGGUUAUGUUGGGGAGGAAGAGCAUAACAGGGAGUUUCAUAGGAAGUAUGAAGGAAACAGAGGAAGUGCUUGAAUUCUGUAGAGAUAAGAAUUUGAGUUCCACCAUUGAAACUGUGAAGAUGGAUUACAUAAACACUGCAAUGGAACGAUUGGAGAAGAAUGAUGUUCGUUAUAGAUUCGUUGUGGAUGUUGCAGGAAGUAAACUUGAUGCCUGAAAAAUUUGAUUGGGAAGAACUUGAUGUUCAUGGAAACUGUUUUUAUUUCUUAAUUGUGUUUUGUAUACUUGUUUUAAUGUUUAUGUUUUUCCCUAUUAUGCAUUUACUAAUUUCAUUCUAAAUAUUUCAAUUAAUAAUAAUUGUUUUUUAUU